CCUGUUCUCGUCGUCCUCCUCGCUUCGCUUCAGCUGCAGACCUGCAGUGGAGAGGAUCGGAGCUUGGUAUAUAUACAUGCUUCUCUUCCUCCUCUCCGCUCCUCCGAUCCAUUCGUGUCGCCGCGCCUCCCUGAACGGUCAGCUAUUUCUGGUAGGUGGUGAUCAGUCUCUGGUGACUGGUGACGAGGUGAAGACGAUGCCGCCCCCGUCGUUGUUCCUUGCGCCGCUCCUCGCGUUCGCGUUCGCGUCCGCGACGACGACGGCACCGCUUCCGACGGCACGAACCCUCGUCGACGGCGCGAGAGGCCACGGCCACCGGCUGAAGUCGAAGACGUUCCUGUCCCCGCCCUUGUCCCUGCGCCCGGGCUCCGUCUCCAACAAGUGGUACACGGACGUGGACUUCCCUCGCGGCCACCUCGCGCUCAAGAGCUUCAACGGCGAGCUCGUCGACGCGCGCGGCGCCCCCGUGCCGCUCCACGAGACCUACCUCCACCACUGGCUCGUGGAGCCCUACUACGUCCACGCCGCGCGGGGCGGCGGCGGCAGCGACGGCGAGAGGCUCCCGCGGGCCAACUCCGGCGUGUGCAAGGGCUCGCUGGGGCAGUACUUCGGGCUGGGCUCCGAGACCCGGCGCACCGCGACGUGGGUGCCCGACCCCUACGGCGUCGAGAUCGGCGGCGGCGGCGACGCGCCGGCGGGGUACGAGGAGCGGUGGUCGCUGAACGUGCACGCCAUCGACACGCGCGGCGCGGCGGACAAGCCCGGGUGCACCGAGUGCCGGUGCGACCUCUACAACGUCACCGUCGACGACGACGAGGGCUACGCCGGCGGCCUGCGCUGCUGCUACGACCAGGCGCGGUGCCGGGUGGGGGCGGACUUCGUCGACGGCGAGGCACGGGAGCUGUUCCUGCGGUACACCGUGAUGUGGGUCGACUGGAGCGACGCCGCCGCCGCCGUCGUGCCGGUGAGGAUCUACAUACUCGACGUCACUGAUACGGCGCUGCUCGACGGGAAACCCGACCCCGAUUGCAAGGUGGAGUAUACCGUCGAGGAAUGCAGCUCUGAAAACAGAGCGAAAAACGAUUGCGUCGACGUGAAGGUGACCAAAGAAGUGUUGCCCCAUGGAGGCAACAUCGUCUUCGCCGUCGGGCACCAGCACGCAGGUGGCAUCGGCACUUCUCUGCACGGCCAGGACGGCCGGCUGCUGUGUUCAUCGACCCCGAUCUACGGCGACGGGGAGGAGGCCGGCAACGAGGCGGGCUACGUCGUGGGCAUGUCGACGUGCUACCCGGAGCCGGGCGCCGCCAAGGUGCGCGGCGGCGAGGCGCUGACCGUGCUGUCCAACUACACCGGCGAGCGGCGGCGCACGGGGGUGAUGGGCCACUUCUACCUCCUCGUGGCCGACGACGACGAGCAGCAGCAGGCGGCUCCCAACAACAAGCAGCCGUCGGCACCGUGCUUCAGCUUAUUCCCGGCCUCAUGGUGCGUUCCGGCAUGGCUGUUGGGCAACCUUCAGUAGUGAAAAAUAAGAUUCAGAAAGCCCAGCCUUUGGUACUGCUAGUACUUGUGUGUUUGUCGCUCCCUGUCUGCCAGUCUGCACGCUUGUGCGGCCGGCGAGGGCAUGGCGUAUAGGCAUGUCGCCGGCGACUGCUGGCACCUCGUAGCAGGGCAUAAAUAAGAUCUGUGUGGGCCCUUGGGCAAGAAAGAGCGAUCGAGCAAGGUGGCUACUAUGGUUUAUGGUACGGAUGAUUAUUGCU